AAAAAGGGAAUGAAUCUGCAGUUCUGAAAAUUAUAAAAACAUUUUUGUCACAGCAAUCUCACUUCUAGAAAUUCAUUCUACAGAUACAUUUGACUUAUUUGCAAGGUUAUUAUUACAGUAUUAUUUAUAAUUGUAAAAGACUUAAAAAAUCUGAAUGUGAACCUCUUUUUAUUGAUUUUUGAAGUGAUUUAUAUAGUCUGGACACAAAUCCUUUGACAAUAUAUGUAAUAUGAAUAUUUUCUCCCACUUUGUGAGUUGUCUUUUUACUCUUAAUAGUAUCUUUUGGUGAACAAAAAAGUUAUUGAUUUUAAUACUGUCCCAUAUAUCAAUUCUUUUUCUUUUAUGGUUACCAUAUUUUAUGUCUUAUUUAAGAAAUCUUGGCUUAUUCACAGUCGUAAAGAUGCUCUCUUAUGUUUUCCUCUAAAAGCUUUAAUUUUUUAAACUUUGACAGUUAGAUCUGUAAUCUAUAUUGAAUUGGUUUUUAUGCAUGGUGUAAGAUAUAUUUACACCAUGCAUAAAAACAUGGGUAAACAUAUUUUUUUCCAUAUGAGUAUCUAGAUGGUGUUUUUUUAGUUGAAAACACCAUCAUUUCCCCCACUGCACUGCAGUGUCACGCUUGUCAUAACUGAUGCCUCAGUAUAUGUGUGGGUCUUUUUCUGUACUCUGUUCUGUUGCAUUGGUUGCUUUAUCUAUCUUUGUGUCUGUUCCACUCUGUUAUAAUUACUAUAGCUUUAUAAUAUGUCUCCUACUGGUUAGUGCAAAUCCUCCACUAUUUUUCUUCAAGAUUGCCUUUGCUAUUCUUCGCUUUUUGUAUCUCUAUGUGGAUUUUAAAAAUCAACUUGUCAUUUUCUUCACUCACAAAACCUGUUGGAUUUUGUGUUGCAAUUAUAGAUUGAUUUGGGGAUUACUGACAUUUUUGCUGAGCCUUCCAAAUCAUGAGAAUGUCCCCCUUUUCACAGUAGCCUGGCAGCUGUCCCAACUGCCUACUGAAGCCAAAUGCUUGAAGAGAGAGAGAGUAAGGAGCCAGCCAUGAAUCUCUUCCAGAAAAAUGAGUUCAAGGAAACUCCUUUUUUACCUGUCUGCCCUGAAGAGGUACCACCUCGACCCCCCAGCUUUCCAAAGAAGCCAUCUCCGAAAAUCUGUGGCUCCAACUAUCCACUGAGUAUUGUCUUCAUUGUGGUGAAUGAAUUCUGUGAGCGCUUUUCCUAUUAUGGCAUGAAAGCUGUGCUGACCCUGUAUUUCCUGUAUUUCCUGCACUGGAGUGAAGACACUUCCACAUCUGUAUACCAUGCCUUCAGCAGCCUCUGUUAUUUCACUCCCAUCCUGGGAGCAGCCAUUGCUGACUCAUGGUUGGGAAAAUUCAAGACAAUCAUCUAUCUCUCCUUGGUGUAUGUGCUUGGCCAUGUGAUCAAGUCCAUGGGUGCCUUACCAAUACUGGGGGGACAAAUGUUACACACAGUCCUAUCAAUGGUCGGCCUGAGUCUAAUAGCUUUGGGGACAGGAGGUAUCAAACCCUGUGUGGCAGCUUUUGGUGGAGACCAGUUUGAAGAAAAACAUGCAGAGGAACGGACUAGAUACUUCUCAGUCUUCUACCUCUCCAUCAAUGCAGGGAGCUUGAUUUCUACAUUUGUCACACCCAUGCUGAGAGGAGAUGUGCAGUGUUUUGGGAAAGACUGCUAUGCAUUGGCUUUUGGAGUUCCAGGAUUGCUUAUGGUGAUAGCUCUUGUUGUGUUUUCAAUGGGAAGCAAAAUAUACAGAAAACCACCUCCUGAAGGAAACAUAGUGACUCAAGUUGUCAAAUGUAUCUGGUUUGCCAUUUCCAACCGUUUCAAGAACCGUUCUGCGGACAUUCCAAAGCGAGAGCACUGGCUGGACUGGGCAGCUGAGAAAUACCCAAGGCAGCUCAUUAUGGAUGUGAAGGCACUGACCAGGGUACUAUUUCUUUAUAUCCCAUUGCCCAUGUUCUGGGCUCUUUUGGAUCAGCAGGGCUCACGAUGGACCUUGCAAGCCACCAGGAUGAAUGGGAAUUUGGGUUUGUUUGUGCUUCAGCCUGACCAGAUGCAGGUACUAAAUCCCUUUUUGGUUCUUAUCUUCAUCCCAUUGUUUGACCUUGUCAUUUAUCGUCUGGUCUCCAUGUGUGGCAUUAACUUCACAUCACUUAGGAAAAUGGCUGUUGGUAUGAUCCUAGCAUGCCUGGCCUUUGCAGUUGCUGCUACUGUAGAGAUAAAAAUUAAUGAAAUGGCCCCACCCCAACCAGAUUCCCAAGAGAUUUUCCUACAAGUCUUGAAUCUGGCAGAUAAUGAGGUGAAGGUUACAGUGCUGGGAGAUGAAAACAACUCUCUGUUGGCAGAGUCCAUCAAAUCCUUUCAGAAAAUGCCACACUAUUCCAAACUCCACCUGAAGACAAAAAGCCAGAAUUUCCACUUCCAACUGAAAUAUCACAAUUUGUCUGUCUACACUGAGCAUUCUGUGGAGGAGAAAAAAUGGUACACUCUGAUCAUUCAAGAAGAUGGGAAAAGUAUUUCUAGCAUGAUGGUAAAAGAUGAAGAAAACAAAACAACCAAUGGGAUGACAACCAUGAGGUUUGUUAACACUUUGCAUGAAGAGAUCAACAUCUCCCUGGAUACAGAUACCUCCCUCAGUGUUGAAGAAGACUAUGGUGUGUCUGCUUACAGAACUGUGCAGAGAGGAGAAUAUCCUGCGGUGCCUUGUAGAACAAAAAGUGAGAACUUUUCACUGAAUUUGGGUCUACUAGACUUUGGUGCAGCUUAUCUGUUUGUUAUUACUAAUAGCACCAGUCAGGGUCCUCAGGCCUGGAAGAUGGAAUAUAUCCCAGCCAACAAAAUGUCCAUCGCAUGGCAGCUACCACAAUAUGCCCUUGUUACAGCUGGGGAAGUCAUGUUCUCUGUCACAGGACUUGAGUUUUCUUAUUCUCAGGCUCCCUCUAGCAUGAAGUCUGUACUCCAGGCAGCCUGGUUGUUGACAGUUGCAGUUGGGAACAUCAUCGUGCUUAUUGUGGCACAGUUCAGCAGCCUGGUACAGUGGGCCGAAUUCAUUUUGUUUUCCUGCCUCCUGCUGGUGGUCUGCCUGAUCUUCUCCAUCAUGGGACACUACUAUGUUCCUAUAAAGCCAGAGGAUAUUCAGGGGACAGCAGAUAAGCAGAUUCCCCAAAUCCAAGGAAACAUGAUCAGCCUGGAGACCAAGAAGACAAAGCUCUAAUGACUCCCUGGACUCUGCCCAGACCCCAAUUCCUGACUCUGGUCUUGGCCAUCACCAUCUUCAAGCAUUUUUUACUCCGACUUGGUUAGAAGAGAGAAGUAGUGUCAUAUCUGAGGUAAUCUCUACUUUUCUCCCAUGAUAGAGGCAGUUCUAGGACUGGGUUUUUCAGUACAUUAUAGCAAGGCCCCUGAGACUCUGUCUUCCCAUCUCUCAGUGAACUCGGUAAACCUUGUGUAGUGUUGCUGAAUCUGGCCUGCUACCUCCAAAUGGCCAUAAAAAACACAAAUGUAUAAUUGAGGUUAGUCUCUGUGCUUAUCAAAGUUAUGUAGGAAUUGUUUUACCUGCCAUUUAGAACUGAUGACCCCACUUUUUGAAGUGCUGAUUUAGAGGCAAAAUUGCAGAAUAACAGAGAAAUGGUAUUUCAAGUUUCUUCAUUAGCAGUGUAAUUGUACUGUGUACAAGGACCUCAAGAAUUGGUAUGUCUGGUAUGAUCUGGUCCAGGGCCUGGCUUCUCAGGUAUCCAGAUUUGAUAAGACCUUAGUUAAUUUUUCAGUACAGAUAGUAGGAAAUAAAAUGACAUUUUAUUAACACAUAGGAGAAGAUAUAUCUUUCUGAUAAUUACAGUAUUUUAUCUACUAACCCAAAUCCCCUUUCUCAGUACUGAUAGAUAUUUGGAAACCAAAUUAAAGAUAGUAAACAUGGUUCUGGAAAAACAAGUAUAAAUUGCAGAAGUCCUAAUGAGCCAUUUCUUCUACAGUGUACAUUCUUUUUAGGGACUACAAUGUUUCAUCCCUAGAGUACGCCCUCCUGUGGACAGCUGUGUAGACACUAAUUAUAAUUUUCCACCCCUGCCUUUUCAAUGUUGUUGGGCCAUCUUUUUCUUAUUAUUACAUCAUCUUGCUUAUUGCAACAAGUAUUUAAUAACAACAGUAUUUUUAUGAACAUAACUUCCUUUUUUAUUAGUACUUCCUUCGGCUCAAAGUAGUGGAUCUGUUUUGAUAAUUUUUCCUGUUUUACUUUUCCCAAAAUUUUUAAAUGCCAUUUCUUCAUUUAGGCCUGGAUUUUCCUGUUUAUUAAAAAAAAAAGUUAUAUUAAUACUCUAGGUUUGAGCUUCUAAAAUGGCAAUGCUCAAUGGGGGACAUGGCCCCAUAUCAGGAUUCUUACAAAAUCUGGGGGUUGAGGGAAGGAGUGGUAGAACAUGACAGGUUUUUGUUGCUGUGUUGGUGAAAAAAGUUGAGAAAUAUUACCUUGCACACAAUGAAUGAAUCAGUGGACAGACAUGGGAAUAUCAUGACUCUACAGUGUAUUGCUGGGGAAAAAAGUUCAGAACAGUUGUCCUGGAGAGCCUCAUUUCCAUUGGUUUUGCUCCAUUAUUCUCAUCUAGAACUGUGUUGAGUCAGUCUCAUGUUGUAAAUGUAACAAGGAAAGUUGCUUCAGUUUCCCAAGCUUUAAUACUCUAGUCUUAGUUACCAAGUUUUCAGAAGUACCGAAGUGACAGCAACACCAUCCAGUUUCCACAGAUAUCUUAAUGUGAACCUGACUGUGCUUCAGAAGAUUCUCUGUUCAUUUUUGAGCAGCUUUAACUCAAUCUGUUCUAUGAACUAUUGUUUCAAGAGAUAUUAACAGUGCUCUGUGAAUAAAAGUUUUUAUGGAUAAAUAACUUUUGGAAAUGAAGCAUAUAUAUCUUCUUAACAUUUGCAUACUAAGGAUUCUGAGAUAUCCUUCAGUAAAGACACAAGACACUUUGUUUAGUUUCACAUGGUAUAGUGUUCUGCAGAACACUGACUUGGGAAAAACUGGCAGGCAAUUCUUCCUUAUGUUGAACUGAAAGCUUUCUCUUUGGAACCUCCUACCAUUGGUUCUUUCCUUUAUGGCUAACAAGAAUAAGCAUAAACCUCUCUUUUAUGCAGCAGAAUUUCUGCUAUUUGGAGAGAAUUUUCAUGUUGCCUCCCCAGUCAUCAAGUAAGUAUUCAUCAAGCUAAAGAUUCUCAGUUUGUUUUCAUAGCUCUUCACAGGGCGUAGUCCAGUCCUUUCACAACUAUUUUUCCACUUCUGAAAAAUAUCCUUUCCCUGAAAUGUAACAGUGGGUCAGAAUCCCUCUUAAUAUGUGAUAUCUGAAGCCAGUAUGUACAACAUUCCAGAAUUGGUUGGACCAGAAGAACUACAACCUGCUUUUGUCCAAACAAUACACUUCUGUUAAUGUAGCCUUAGGUAACAUUAGAUGUUUUUGGCAACUGCAUCACAAUGUAGGCUUACAUUUUAAUCACAUGGUUGGUUAAAACCUCAAAAUUUUUUAAGAGAGUUAUUUUUUUAUUCAAAUACAUGUUU